AAUUUAGCCAAACAUCAGCAUACAACUAGCUAGGAUCCCUGCAUGCCCUCCCGCGUCCAACGUGAGCAACAUCACCGAAGCCGGUCGCUGAUCGGAGGAAAACCCAAAAAAGAAAGAAAAAAACGACGAAAUGGCUUCCUCCCCGUAUCACGCCGCCGUCGGUGUCGCCGUCCUUGCCAUCCUCCUCGCCGCGCCGGCUGCGGAGGCCGGGGCACCUACCGCCGCGCCGUUGGCCAACUACUCCCUCGAGGACGCGUGCAAGAAGACCGGCCCACACUACGGCCUCUGCAUCGUGACGCUCUCCGCCGACCGGUCCGCCAAGUCGUCGGACACGGUGGGGCUCGCCAGGGUGGCCGUCCUGGCGGCGCAGAAGAACGCGUCGGAGACGGCCACCUACCUCUCCAGCAUCUACGACGACGACAGCAUCGAGAAGAAGACGGUGCAGCUGCAGCAGUGCCUCGAGGACUGCUCCGAGAGGUACGAGGCGGCGGUGGAGCAGCUGACGGACGCGACGGUGGCGCUGGACACGGGGGGGUACGAGGAGGCGAUGGCGCUGGUGGCGGCGGGGCAGGCGGAGGUGAAGAUGUGCCAGAGGGGGUUCAAGGCCGUGCCGCAGCACCGGAACAUCCUCACCUUGCGCAACCGCGAGGUCGACCAGCUCUGCAGCAUCGCCUUCACCAUCACCAAGCUGAUCCGCGUGUCACCGAGCGCUGAAGAAUAGCUUUCUCUUCUUCCUUUUAUCCCCUGGAUAUUCUUUUUUAUUUUUUCGACGACAGGGGUAAUCUGGGAUUCCAUGGUUGGAAGAUUAGCAUGUUUGUUGAUGGCUUUGAAUUGGAUUGGUAAUUGCUGUUUGCAUCAGCAGACAACAUCCUAGGCGCUGGCGGUGGUGGAACUGUUGUUGGGUUCAUACGAUCAAUGUAUAGCACAUUCUUGAUCUUAAAAAGAGCAUUGCUUAAUUUA